CAGCCAGUGAUCAAGGUGUGCGGCGUGACCAACGCGGAGGAUGCAGCGGCAGCAGCUGAAGCAGGCGCCAACCUGGUAGGCAUGAUCCUGUGGCCGCGCGCCAAGCGCAGCAUCCCGGCCACCACCGCACGCCAGGUGGCGGCGGCGGCCCGUGGCGGCGGCGCUGAGCCAGUGGCGGUGUUUGUGGAUGAGGACGCCGCCACCAUUGCCAGGGUGUGUGAAGAGUGUGAAGUGCGGAUAGCGCAGCUGCACGGCGAUGGCGCCCGAGCCGCGCUGGAGGGCCUCCCACCUGGCCUGGCCGCCAUCUGGGUGCUGCAUGCCGACAAGGCGGGGAGGGUGCAGAGCGCGCUGCCGCCCAGCCCAGGCACCCCCCGCUGGCUGAUAGUGGACAGCCUGCAGGGCGGCAGCGGCGAGGCCUUUGACUGGCGCCAGCUGCGGGCUGCGGCGCCGGACCUGGCGCAGCACAGCAGCCACGGCUGGCUGCUGGCGGGGGGGCUGACCCCCGAUACGGUGGCAGAGGCGAUUGCGACGGCAGCCCCAACUGGUGUGGAUGUCAGCAGUGGUGUGUGCAGCCCUGACGGUCUGAAGAAGGAUCUGGGCAAGGUGCAGCGCUAC